CAUCUGUAUCAUCUGGCUAACUGACACUGCAGAUUGAGACCAAAGAGUGUUAAUUCCUGAAGCUGAGCCAGUAACCGACAGGAAAAUGUAGCUACGGAGGAACUGAAAAGUACUCAGCCGUUUCCUCUUGUACUACCGAAGAGAGUGUCUGCUGCUUGGCUGGCAUGUCUGCGACCUGACAAGCAUUCCGACGCUAGUUCAGCAGUCCUGGUGUCCUGUGGAAGCAUGGCGGAAAUUAGUGUUCCAAGAAUCCUCCUUCUGCUUAUUUCUCUGGCCAAGGUUCUGGAGUGUACAAAGCUGCUGGCGCACCUCAAAAAAUGUGGUGACUUGGAAUGUGAAACCUUAAUCAGCAGAGUGCUAGCCCUGACAGAUCACACAGGACCUGACUGUCGGUACCUGAACUUUACUGAGGGCGAAGAGAUAUCUGUUUAUGUUAAACUUGCAGGAGAGAGAGAAGAUCUGUGGGCAGGCAGUAAAGGAAAGGACUUUGGAUUUUUCCCCAGAGAUGCAGUCCAGAUUGAAGAGGUGUUCAUAUCCGAAGAAGUCGAGAUGCCAACUAAGGAAUCUGACUUUCUUUGUCUUCUUGGGGAAGGCUACAUAUUUGGAAGUGAACAUAGUGAGUUGAACAGCGAUGGUGAUGGAAAUAUGUACCCAUAUGAAGAAUAUGAAGACCAAAACUAUAAUAUAUAUGAAAGUGAUUUUCAGCCAGAACUUGACUUUUAUGCAGCGUCUAAAGGGACUUUGUUUGAAGACCAAAUUUCAGCAUCAGAAACCCGUGAAGAGUUCAAGAUUUCCAAUGAGCAUAAGGACUUGGAAGAGGCUGGAAGUACGGGCAGUGGGGAGCAGGGUUAUACUUCCGACAUGGACCAUGACUUACCUGAAAUGCAAGGACUGUUUAGACUGGGGAGAGAAGAAGAGCAGACUUUUAAAGCGGAUUCUGAAUCCACCCAAGAAAGCUCAUCCCAAACUAGAGAAUUAACAGUGGAGGAGGAGAAUGACCCAGAGAAACUAAGCAAUGGUGAACCCCAAAUGGAGCCUGAGCAAGAUCCAGAAGCCCAGUUUGAUUCAGAGACACCAGAAUUCAGUCCAGCCCCAGAGGAACUGUAUGAGCUAGUGUCUGAGUCAGAGAACACCCUCAAGCCUCAAGCCACUGGCUGGUUUGGUGGUGGGUUUACAAGUUAUUUAGGUUUCGGAGAGGAGGACACAGGACUUGAGUUAUUGUCCAAAGAACACAAUCUGCCAUUACAAGAUGUUCCCAAUUCUGUUUCAGCUGAUGAAGAAGCCCCUGCUACAUGUUUUGGAGAGGAGGACACAGGACUUGAGUUAUUGUCCAAAGAACACAAUCCGCCGUUACAAGAUGUUCCCAAUUCUGUUUCAGCUGAUGAAGAAGCCCCAGCUCCAGGCAGAGAAGUGUCAGCAGACAAGGAAGAUAAGGUCAUCAAUGACAGUUCAAUUCCCAGUCCAACUUGGUUUGACUUUGGUUUUGGUAUUCUCGGCUUUGCAUAUGCCGAUGAAGACAAAAGUGUUUCCGACGAUGAUGGGAAACGUGAAGAUGGUGAGGCUGAGAACCACAAACAUCCUAUAGCGAAUGAUUUUGACCCUGGAAAGGAACAAGAAAGCAGAAUGAUAACUGUUGUGGAAACAGAAGAUCAGACAGGUAAGGAAAGCGCCUUGGAGAAGACGGAUGGUUCCGACUCUAUGCAGUAUCUGAAGAAGUUCUUCUAUAACCCUUGGAGCUCCCAGAGUCUGCCAGAGGACACAGAGUUACCAUUCUCCACACAGACGCUGGAUCAAGAUAAUAUCGCUGAACGUGACAAAACUGAAAAUUCUGCCGCUGAGAGCACCAAAGAGCCCAUGGUGCUGGAGGGCACAAACAGCCUGUCAGAUAUGGCCUCCGAAGUAGAGUUACCUGUGAGUGUCCAUGAAGGAACACAUUCCAAAAGCUCACCUCCGAAAAGGAACGAGGAAGAUUCAGAAUCCUGGGAGGACCCUGAAGGGCCUGCUGUGGCGGACGCUGACGGCUCUGUGGAAGGUGCCUUGCUUGGUAGUCAGCUGGUUUCUCAACAGGAAAAUGAUGCAGAGUUUCAGAUUCUGAAGUAUUUAUUUCAGAUAGAUGUCUUCGGCUUCAUGAAUUCUGCUUUUUCAACAAUCGAAAUUUUUAUAGAAAGGGUCGUGGCAGCAUUGCCUGAAGAUAUGAAAGCAGAGUUCAGUGCCAAUGGAUUUUCAGUGGAGUUGGUCAUCUGUGUGCUUACUGUUGGACUGCUUGUCUUCCUCCUGUUUCUGUGGAGAGCCUUCCGAUCAAUUCAAAGCCGAUUUUAUGUGGGAAGAGAAAGAAAACUUGCUCUAGAACUUUCAGCAUUAAUUGAAGAGAAAUGUAAACUACUUGAUAAAUUCAGCCUCGUUCAGAAGGAGUUUGAAGGCUUAGAGUCAGCUUUAAAGGAGGCCAACUUUGACAAGAAGUCAGAAGUACACAGUUUGGAGUUUGUUGAAGGAUCACAAAUAUCAGAGGCAACUUGUGAAAAUCUAGAAAAAUCCAAAUCUGAACUUAAAGAUGAAAUACUCCUUUUAGAGAAGGAGCUAGAAGAAGAGAGAGCUAAACAUUGUGAACAAGAUGAGUUGAUGGCUGAUAUUUCAAAAACGAUAGAGUCUCUAGAAGAUGAAUCAAAAUCUCUUAAAUCCCAAGUGGCUGAAGCGAAAACUACCUUUAAAGUAUUUGAAAUCAAUGAAGAACGACUUAAGGGAGCAAUAAAAGAGGCCUUGAAUGAAAAAUCUGAACUUGAGGAAGGCCAGAAACAGCUUUUACAGGAAGCUGAAGCAGUGAGAGAACAAAUGAAUGAACUCAAUAAACAGAAAGUAACACUUGUAGAAUCCAGAGUACAGGAAGAGCAAGUUGUAAAUGAAAAAGAAAAUCAGAUCAAGGCGCUGAUGGAAAACCUGGUAAAGAUGAAAGUCUGGACUGUUGUCUUUAGAGAAGACUCAGCAAACAAUGGUAAUCUCGGUUUGGAAGUGAAGAAUGACCUAGAAAAUGCUGCGCACUUAGGAAUUCAGCUGAAGGGAGCUUUGGAUGAGUUGAUUAAUGCUAGUAAGCUGAGUGUGUCUUUAAAAGCCUUAGAAGGAGAAAGAAACCAAUUUUACACUCAAUUAUCUGAAUUAGAGAAAAUAAAAAAGAAUCUUACAGAGCGUAUCAGAAGUCUGGAGUCUGAGAAUGUAUCUCUGGAGUCAGAAGGCAUGCAGUUGGAAAACGAGAAGCAGAGGCUUCAGCAGAAAAUCAAAGUGCUGACUGAACUGUACCAAGAGAACGAAAUGAAGCUUCACAGGAAAUUGACAGUAGAGGAAAAUUGCCGAUUAGAGAAAGAGGAAAAAAUUUCCAAACUAGAUGAGAGGAUCAGCCAUGCAAACCAGGAACUGGAGACCUACAGACAGCGCACCAAGGAUCUCGAAGAAGAGCUGGAGAAAACAGUCCAUUCUCUUCAAGGACAGGUUAUUUCUCAUGAGAAGAAAGCACAUGAUAAUUGGCUGGCAGCUCGAACUUUUGAAAGAAAUCUCAAUGAUUUAAGGAAAGAAAAUGCUUACAAUAGACAAAAAUUAACUGAGACAGAAUUUAAACUUGAACUUUUAGAAAAAGAUCCUUAUGCACUUGAUGUUCCAAAUACAGCAUUUGGCAGAGAGCACUCCCCAUUUGGUCCCUCACCAUUGGGCCGACCUUCAUCUGAAACGAGAGCUUUUCUCUCUCCUCCAACGUUGUUGGAGGGUCCACUCAGACUCUCACCUUCACUUCCUGGGGGAGGAGGAAGAGGCUCACGAGGCCCUGAGAAUUUUCUGGACCAUCAGAUGAAUAUUGAAAGAGGAGAUUCAAACUAUGACAGGGUAUAUGAUGCCCCCAGAGCACCUUCUGACAGCUCCCUGUCACCUCCGUGGGAACACGGCCGAAGGGUGAUGGCCCCUCCACCAGGUCAACCAUAUUUUGAUCCGUCUUUACAAAAGCAAGAUAGAUUUUAUUCUAAUUCCGGUAGACUCUCUGGACCAGCAGAACUCAGAAGUUACAAUAUGCCUUCUUUGGAUAAAAUGGAUGGGCCAGUACCCUCAAAAAUGGAAUCCGGUAAAAAUGAUACCAAAGAUGAUCCUGGUAACUCAGCUGUGCCUGGUCCUUCGCGCCCUGUUGACUGUGAAGCAGCUGGCCGUGGCUCUGUCCCUCCACCAUUCCUUCCAGUCAGAGCCCCAUUGUUCCCAGUGAAUCUAAGGAGCCAGUUCAUGAGAAGGGCUCCCCCUUUUCCUCCACCUCCUCCAGGGAACAUCUAUGCAGCGCCUCGAGAUUAUUUUCCACCAAGGGACUUCCCUGGCCCACCACCACCUCUAUUCCCAGGGAGAAAUGUGUUCGUACCACCAUCAACACCACAACUAAGGGGCUUUCCACCUUACCUUCCCGCAAGAGCUGGGUUCUUCCCUCCACCCCCACAUCCUGAAAGUAGGAGUGAGCUUCCACCAGACUUGAUUUCACCAUCAAAGGAACCUGCAGCUAAACCUCCAGAAACACCGGAGAUCUGAGGGUGAUAUUGGUCUAAACCGUCAUUUUCUUCUCAUUUUCAGUUUAAGUAACGGCUGUUACUUAUAUGAUUAUAUUUUUGCUCAACUUGGAGCUUAAUGGAAUUACAACUCUCAGGAUAGUAUUUUGUAAAUAAAGAUGAUUUAAAUAUGAAUCUUAUGAGUAAAUUAUUUCCAUUUUAUUUUAUUCUGGAUAGUAUAUUUUACUUUGAUUACCUCAUCCAUAAUUAUGGUAGUUUUAUAUAUGUAAUCUUAUAGUUGGGGAUAUCAUAAAACUCAAAAGACUGUGUCUUUAUACUAGGAAUGUGUUCACCAUGGUUGACAAAUGUAAAAGUAACUAUGUUUAAUCAAAUAAAUUUUUAAUUGAUUUAAA